AUGCCUUGCUCACCAUCCGCUUCCUCUUCACCAUGUUCCUCGUCCACAGACCACACGUCCGACACACCAGCGCCCCGAAGCCGACGGGCGCGCGUGUCCGCCGAGCACACGCUGAACCGUGUGCGAGAGAACCAGCGCAGACACCGCGCCCGCCAGCGCGACCACGUCGCCUCGCUGGAGCAGAAGCUCGCCGAGACGGAAAAGCUGCUCGCCGAAGCACGAGCGGAGAUCGCCAUGUUGAGGCAAGAAGCCACCGCCACUCCUACUCCUACACCUACACCUACCACCACUAUUACUACCCUCCCGCCUCCCACGACGGGUCCACCCCCUUGCUGCUCCGACCCCCCCAGUUUCCCGCCCCCAGCCAACCAACCCGUCGAUCUCGAGUGCUCAUCGUGCAAAACACGACCGCCGCCCGCGCCCACGGAGAGCACCACGCUAUGUGCACAGGCCUACGUCAUGAUUCGCCAGCAAAACUUUCGUAAUCUCGACCCCGACACGAUUCGCUUGUGGUUGGCCCAGGGCUUGCGGCGUGCGCAAAGGGAGGGUGAGGGGUGUAGGGUUGAGAAUGGAGCUUUGUUGCGCUUGUUGGAUUUUAUUAGUGGCUUGUAAUCUGUUUCUCUUGUUUAUCAUGCUGUCGUGCGAAUUUUCUGGGGGGAAGAACGAGGGACUACCUUUAUGUUUCUGUCUACUAUAAGUGGAGAGAUGAAAUGAUAUCAAGCGAGACAAAAGUAUCACGUUAUAAUCCAUCCUGAAUAGUCGAUAGGGAUUCGACACUACAAACCCAUGUUUACAUGUCUAGUAUAAAAAAGCCC